AUGCACAUUAUGCCAAAAGGAAACUUGCAUUCACUGGCAUUAGUGGCGGAAGCCAACGCCAUAGAGAAUUUUGCUCCCACAUGGAAUGCGAGCCAAGGGGGGGUUACGCCGCCCCAGAGGACAAUCCUGCGGACGGCACAUCUUGAUUGCACAUCCAUCAAAGAAUGGAAGUCUCUGAAGGGGUGGAACUUGCGAAGGGGAGAGUGGAAGGCAGGAAAAAAAAGGUUUCUCAGCACUUCCAUUUCGUCAGUUCUGGCAUUUAUUUUGGAGAACGGCCAUGGGGGGAAAAUAUCGAAAUAUAUACAUAUGUAG